CUUUAUCGUCACCCACCACCAUCUUCCCGAUCCCUGCCCCUGUACAUGCCACCCUCCACACGCAGUGGCCACUGGCCGGUCCUCAACGGCGGUAGGUGCUACCAGGAGCAAACCCUCAGUUCAAAGUCGUAUAGGCACAUGUCCGGCUUCAUGAAGGGGUCAUCCGCCAUUGGAGGACACAGAUCAAGAUCAAAACCAUCCCGAAACCAACCUGGCAAAGCCUCCACCUUCCUUCACCGGAGGUACUCCGAAGACCCAACCAAAUUUCUCCCUCUGGUCAACCUCCCAUUAGAACAUAACCUGGCCUUCCUCUUGCCCAACCUCGUCAUUGUACAUGCUCCCCCCACACGCAAUCACCCCGGCCGGCCAGUUCAUCAGUGACGGCCGGUACAUCCAGAAGAUCAACCCCAAGGGACAAACUGUUCGAGCAUCAUGAGCAUCCACCAGCAAACUCCAGCAGAAGCUCCGCCAUGGAAGAAUCCAGCUCAAGCUCUAAGCUUUUCACAACACCCAAACAUAGUAACCCAACUCCCCCUCCUUCACUAGAGCAUCCACAGACGCCAUAUCCAGGCCUAUCUCCUCCGGUCUGAGCUUCCCUUUCUCGCCGCCGGACCUUCACCUUCCCCAGUCCUCGUCACUGUACUUGCCUCCCCUCAACAAGCAAUGACCCCGGCCGGCCGGUUUUCAGUAAUGGCCGGAGCUUUCAGGAAGCUCAUGCUUCGGUUCAGGCUGUAUAUACACGCCCAUGGAGUACACCGGCGAGCUGGAGCAGGAUACACCGCCAUGGAAGAAUCCGAACCUC